AACUUGUGAGAUCUCCUGCGAUGCCGUGUACGAUCAAGAUCCGCUUGGUGGAGGCGCGAGGGCUGCCAGUGGUGGAGCGAGCGUCCAAGGUGACGGAUGCAUACGUGGACAUCACGUUCGCUAGCUUUGAAGCUCGGUCGACUGUGUCGAAGAAGUCGUUGACGCCGCGAUGGGACGAAGAGUUUCGCUUUGACGUUGCCGACGACAACGUGCUGCAGAGUCAGCCGAUCAUGUUCAAAGUGAUGGACCACGACGUGUACACGACCGACGCAACGAUUGGGAUUGUGUACGUUGACUUAAACUGCAUCUUGAUGAAGGAAGGAAGCAGCGUCCAGGGAUGGUACCCCAUCUACGACACACUGUUGGGGGUCCGUGGCGAGCUGCACCUUGUGAUCCGUCUGCACUAUUUUGGUGACAUCAAUCCAUUCCGCGAGUCCAGUGCCGGCGUACAGUUCUUCUCGUUGAGCACACUCGACCCAGCGAUCUUCACGACUCAACGCGUCCUCGGGUUUGUUGAAGAGCUCGUCGUGCACGCCGACCCCGAGUACUCAUGGAGCGACUCGUUCCGAACGUCUCGUAAGAGCAACGAGUACCGGCAAAUGUUAUUGUACAAGCUGUCGUCGCAAGUGUCUACAAUGGUCGGGAAGAAAGCACUCGACUUGGGCGGUAAUGCCGUGCUGGGGUAUCGUCAGUUCUUCGACGUCGAAGGCGAUAGCGGCAUGGUCGCGCGAGCGUGCGGCACGGCCGUGUUCCUCGUGCCUACAGACAAGUCCCAGGACGCCGCGGCACCGGCUGCUGCUGUUCCAUCCACGUCUGUUGCGUCGUCAUCCUCGAUGCCAACGGAAAGCGAUGUAGAAACUCUAAUGUCGGGACUGCUCUACAACAAGCGCGGUCUCAACAACGACGACUCCGCCCCGCCAUCCGCGUCGUCGGUCGACGUGGCUGUCUCCACCGACCAGGGCUCGCCCAGGCUUGCCACGAUUCCGUCCCUGCGCAAAUUUAACAACACGUUCAAGCAGCGUACGAACAAGAACUUCGAGCUCGGUGCACACGAUGAAGUCCAGCUGCUGACGGUCAAAGCCUUCCACCCGGACACCCGCGUGCGGCUGGGCGGCAUCGUCACGGCUCGCUCUGUGAAAUUUCUCGGGAAAAUGGCGACGAAGCUUGCUGAUCAAGAAACCCGCGACUCGUGGUGGCUCGAGCUGCGUGAAGAGGUGCGAGCGCACGCCCAAUCGCUCCAGUGCUCGUUUGUCCUCGGAUACAUUGAGUCGUGCACGAUCCACGACGACGUGUGUGUGAUGUCGGCGAGCGGGACCGCGGCCGUUGUCAAGUACGCCAAGAAGCCUCGACGUCCAACGGGAAUUGUAGCGAGUGACGUUGCGUUGGCUGUGGCUUCCGUCGAAGGGUCGGACGCGUCCCCGCAAUUGCAAUCGGGCGCGUUUCGAACGAGCGCGGUGCGACGACCGACCAAGACGGGGCGCACCGUUUUCCACGAAUCCCCAUGCAUGAUGUGCCACAUUCCGUACUCGCGCAACCUUGCACCAUUUUCAAACAUGCGCAUGGUGCGAUGUGGCGUAUGCGGCCGCAAGUGGGUCCCUGAGAUGCUCCUCUCGUCGACCGAACCCCUCUGCGGGAUGGCCAUAACGGGCUCUGGCACGUUCAUUCAAGCGCGAGUGUGUCGACAACGUCGACGAGGCACAGGCGAUGCAAACGCCACGAUCGUAUCCGAGGCGCUCCCUUUUCUCGAGUACGAGAUGCACCGCCAGCUCAUGGCAAAGAUGCGCGUGUUGGGCGUGAACGCUCUGUUUGGGUUUGAAUCCCAAGUCCAAAUCAGCGGCGCAUUUGUCAUCGGAAUCAUCACUGGAACGGGGAUCUACUUGCCAGCGCUGCCGAUGCCACAGGGCUUGCGCAUUACGCGCAAUAUCGACGUCAAGGACGACGAAGAUCGUCGGUUGGUGCAACUGCAGGCGCAGAUCGAAACCAUGAGCAACCGCAAUCGUUCGCUGAUGAAGCACGACGCGAUGUGUGUGAUUCCGCCAGAGUUCAAAACGGACCGCAUCAAGAUCGAAUCCGACGACAAGGCGCACAAACGAGCGCUGCGAAAACUCAAGAAGAAGGAAGACUCGUCCGCGACGUCCGUCGAGCGCAAACCGUCAACGGGGGAUGUGGACGUCCCAGCGACGCUUGGAGACGACGAGAAAGUGUCGUCGUCCGACUCGUCGUCCGACUCGGAGGACGAAGUGAGCCCCGACGUGAACACCGACAACAAGCACCCGUUCGUCCUUGAAAUCGACGACGAGACGGACGAAGAUCUCAUGUCUGUCCUGCUGGAGCAGCCGCUGCCGGAGGGCGUAUCGAUCUGCAACACGGACAGCUUGCCAGGGAUGACCCAGCACGGCGCGAACAUCCACUUGUUCCUGUCCAUGAAGCGCGUCGAGUGGGACGAAGAGCACACUCGGGAUACCCGCGUCAACGUGCUGUUUUCUCAUGUUUUCAAGAUGCUCUUUACGAGCUUGCUCUUUAAGCUGCGUGCUUUUGCCCCCUGUGUCGUGUGCGGCCUUCGCACGCGCGUCGCGCUGGCCGCCGACAACAUUAUUGAAGUGGUGUUGAUGGGCAUGGCGAUGCUGGCCGGACCAGAAUUGCCCCCCGUGGACACAGCCCUUCCCUUUGGGAGUGCCGGAGGCGGCACGUCGUUUGCGGACGACGACGACGCUGCCGCCGACCCGGAUGCAUCACCGUCGUUGCGCCUCCAGAUCUUGCACAAUGCGUCGGCGUUCUCGCAAGUGGCACCGCCCAUGAGUCCUUCGGUGGACGCCGCUGCGACAGCUGCAUUUGUUGGACCCAACGCUCGCGAGUGGAUCGAACUCACCCCGCUGUCGUAUGUGCCGGGGGCCAAGAUCCUGCGAUACCUUGGCCGCAUCACACUCCACUUUAUCAAAGAGAGCUGGACCGUCCGUGAAUGCGGUGGCCUAGGCGCGUUUUUCCAUUUGUUUUUGUCGGAGGCGAUCUCCGUCGUCCGCGCCCACGUCCGCGCGUUGGGCGGCAACGCGAUGCUGAGCUUUCGUCUGGUCCCGAUCGAAUCCAGCCAGCUCUACCGCAACCAAGUGUACAACAUGAUCAGCGUCACCGGGGACGCAGUGCUACUCGAGCGAGAGCAGAGCCCUCUGCCCGUGGGGUGGCACACCAGCCCCGUCUCGAGACUCCACACGCCUCACGUAAACUCUUUUGGCAGCCACACCGACGACCCCCCCGACGUCCCGACCCGACAAACUCGUUCCGCGACAUCGUACUAGAAUUCCAACGAGACUAUGCAUGGGAUCGUAACACCGAGUUGGGAUGUGUUCUUUGG